GCACAACUGCCAUUCUAAUGGGGCGAGGUGCCAACAGAUUACGCCAUCUACCUGCGGAUUUUCAGUAGAAGUCGAAGUCCCUAGGAGCUCCGGCAAAAAGAAGCGGAGGUCAGAGCGUGGGAUAAUAGAAGUAAACAGCUCUGACCGAUGACAAUGUGCACGCUAUUCUUUAGUUGGUGUCUGUUCAUUGGUGCUUUUGGGGCAUCCGAGUCCAGGAUGAUUGGUGAGUACAUGGUUGAAACAAACGAAACCUUUUGGGUGUGAGCGAUAAUACAGGCCUUUAUGUGUGACCUACUUAGUCUCAGGGGGAGAAAAGUCCCUUAAAAAACUACAUUUUUAAGCGUGAAUAAGAUUUUUGAAAUAAAUUUAAGGGAAAAAUAUAAAUGCAUUCACAAAAGAGACAUUUAAUUGAAUAUGGAAGCCACAUGCAAAUGUCGCGGAGGAAACAUUUGGCUCAGGCCUCCUACUUACAGGCCUCUUAUCUGCAAGCCUCUUAUCUGCAGGUAUCUUAUCUAGGCCUAUUGUCUACAAGUCUCUUAUCUACAGCUAUCUUAUCUAGGCCUUUUAUCAGGAAGUCUCUUACCUACAGGCCUCUUUUACAAGUCUCUUAUCUACAGGUCUAUUAUCUACAGGUCUCUUAUAUUGGCCUCUUAUCUACAAGUCUCUUAUAUACAGGUCUCAUAUCUACAAGUCUCUUAUCUACAUACCUCUCAUCUACAUACCUCUUAUCUACAUGCUUCUUAUCUAGGCCUCUUAUCUACAGGCCUCUAAUAUAGAUACAUUUCCUACAGGCCUCGUAUCUACAGGCCUCUUAUAUAGACAUCUUUUCUACAGGCCUCUUAUCUACAGGCCUCUAACACAGACGUCUUAUCUACAGGCCUCUUAUCUACAGGCCUCUUAUAUAGACAUCUUUUCUACAGGCCUCUUAUCUACAGGUCUCUCACACAGACGUCUUAUCUACAGGCCUCUUAUCUACAGGCCUCUUAUCUACAGGCCUCUUAUCUACAGGCCUCUUAUCUACAGGCCUCUUAUCUACAGGCCUCUUAUCUACAGGCCUCCUAUCUACAGGCCUCCUAUCUACAGGCCUCUUAUCUACAGGCCUCUUAUUAAUCUUGUCUAAAGAGGCCUCAAUUUUACCCGUGGAUUUCAUCAUCAAUAAACGCACGUUGCCUAGCACAACUUGUGGAGUCUUUUACACAUAUCAUUUAGACUUGGUUGCAAUAAAAAUUGGGAAUUUGAUACCAAUCUGACUCUGAUAUCAAGAAUGUUCACGGGGCUUUCUAACAUAGACGGCACACAUUUAUUUCGACCAAUCUGAAACUUAAAAUGGAAAGCUAAACCGGGACGUAUGUUAAGUCUAUUAAAAAAAAAAAAACUUUAAAAUUUGAACUAUAAACGUAUAGUAAAUCGUUUGAACUAUUCUGGUCACUUGCGUCAAUAUCCCUAUCACGCAGUUCGUAACAUUUACCCCAAUGUUUCUAUCACACAUUGUUACAUUUACCCCAAUGUUUCUAUCACACAUUGUUACAUUUACACCUACGUUCAUAUAACACGACUUCAUUUACAAAUUGUACACCAAUGUUCCGACCACAACAAAUAUGUACACCAAUGUUGAAACCGCAAACUACUUUUACACCAAUGUUCUAAUCACACACUGCUAAAUUUACACAAAUGUUCAUAUCACACAACUACAUUUACAUAAAUGUUAAUAUCACACAACUACAUUUACAUAAAUGUUCAUAUCACACAACUACAUUUACAUAAAUGUUCAUAUCACACAACUACAUUUACAUAAAUGUUCUAUAGUGUGUUGAUGUAAAUGUAUUUACAAGUAUUCACACAACUACAUUUACAUAAAUGUUCAUAUCACACAACUACAUUUACAUAAAUGUUCAUAUCACACAACUACAUUUACAUAAAUGUUCAUAUCACGCAACUACAUUUACAUAAAUGUUCAUAUCACACAACUACAUUUACAUAAAUGUUCAUAUCACACAACUACAUUUACAUAAAUGUUCAUAUCACACAACAACAUUUACAUAAAUGUUCAUAUCACACAACUACAUUUACAUAAAUGUUCAUAUCACACAACUACAUUUACAUAAAUGUUCAUAUCACACAACUACAUUUACAUAGAUGUUCAUAUCACACAACUACAUUUACAUAAAUGUUCAUAUCACACAACAACAUUUACAUAAAUGUUCAUAUCACACAACAACAUUUACAUAAAUGUUCAUAUCACACAACUACAUUUACAUAAAUGUUCAUAUCACACAACUACAUUUACAUAAAUGUUCAUAUCACACAACUACAUUUACAUAAAUGUUCAUAUCACACAACUACAUUUACAUAAAUGUUCAUAUCACACAACUACAUUUACAUAAAUGUUCAUAUCACACAACUACAUUUACAUAAAUGUUCAUAUCACACAACUACUUUUACAUAAAUGUUCAUAUCACACAACUACAUUUACAUAAAUGUUCAUAUCACACAACUACAUUUACAUAAAUGUUCAUAUCACACAACUACAUUUACAUAAAUGUUCAUAUCACACAACUACAUUUACAUAAAUGUUCAUAUCACACAACUACAUUUACAUAAAUGUUCAUAUCACACAACUACAUUUACAUAAAUGUUCAUAUCACACAACUACAUUUACAUAAAUGUUCAUAUCACACAACUACAUUUACAUAAAUGUUCAUAUCACACAACAUGUAAAUGUAUUUACAAGUAUAGUGUGUUGAUGUUUUACAUAAAUGUUCAUAUCACACAACUACAUUUACAUAAAUGUUCAUAUCACACAACUACAUUUACAUAAAUGUUCAUAUCACACAACUACUUUUACAUAAAUGUUCAUAUCACACAACUACAUUUACAUAAAUGUUCAUAUCACACAACUACAUUUACAUAAAUGUUCAUAUCACUCAAAUAAAUUUAAAUAAAUGUUCAUAUCACGCAACUACAUUUACAUAAAUGUUCAUAUCACACAUUUAAACCAAUGUUCCUACAGCAGGUACCAGGUCAAGCAGACUGGUCAGAUGCCGAGGUGUCAAAUACCCAGGCCUGGGCUGCUUCACUCUGGAUCCACCAUUUAACAACAGCCAAUGGCUACCACAACAUCCUUCUGACGUCGAUACAACUUUCCUGUUGUAUACAAGAUCCAAUCCAACAGUGCCCGACAUAAUUGAUGCUAAAAAUAGGUUGGAUGAAGUGUCCGACUAUUCUCUGUCUCAAUCAUUUUCCUAUUGAACACGGCAUAGGGGUCUUCCAAAUGAACAAGGCAUAGGUUCUUCCAAAUGAACAGGGCAUAGGGGUCUUCCGAAUGAACACGGCAUAGGGGUCUUCCAAAUGAACAUGACAUAGGGAUCUUCCGAAUGAACAGGGCAUGGUGGUCGUGACAUAGGGUUUGUGACAUAGGGGUCGUGAUAUAAAGGUCGUGAUUGAUAUAGGGAUCGUGAUAUAGGGAUCGUGAUAUAGGGAUCGUGAUAUAGGGGUCGUGGCAUAAGGGUCAUGACAUAAGGAUCGUGACAUAGGGGUUGAAAAAUAUGGGUCGUGGAUAAAGGAUUUCCGCAAAGAUGCGAGAUGGGGUUAGUUUAAAAGUGGACCACUGCAGACGGGGGGGGGGGGGGGGGGGGGGGUUGUAGGGGUGUAAAGGAUGUUUUGGACAUCCACAAGUUAGCAAUUUUAUAUGUUGCUUUAGACCCGCUGCGUUUAUUCCAAAUAUGUUUAAAAUGUUUGAAUUGCUGACCUUCUCCAUGGUAGCAUUUCACCAACCUUAAAGCUCAGCGGACCAGGGGACAAGUUUCCCAUUGUGCCAGUUACCGGUGGACAAGUUUCCCAUUGUGCCAUGGACCGGUGGACAAGUUUCCUACUCUACCAGUUACCGGUGGAAAGUCUUCCACUGUACCAGUUACCGCUGGAAAGUUUUCCACUGUACCAGUUACCGGUGGAUAAGUUCCCACUGUACCAGUUACCGGUGGACAAGUUUCCCACUGUACCAGUUACCGGUGGAUAAGUUCCCACUGUACCAGUUACCGGUGGACAAGUUUCCCACUGUACCAGUUACCGGUGGAUAAGUUCCCACUGUACCAGUUACCGGUGGACAAGUUUCUUAUUGUACCAGGGACCGGUGCCAGAUUAAUUAAUUAUUGCUCUUUUUAAUUUACCUUAAAUAGUUCCCUCACUAUAAUUUGUAAUCCACAAUCCUCCGAAUCGGUAGAACCGUACGAUCACCAUUUAAUGGCCGUCGUUUUUUUGGAGAUUUUUGUUGUUGUUUUCCUUAAAUUUGUUUGUUUUUUUCGUUAAGGCAGCUUUGAAAAAUAUUUUUUUUUAAAGUUUCAAACCUUAAGCUGUAAUGUGGAACAACAACCAAAUAUUGGAGAAAAUUUUUAUUUCAGCUAAUGGUAACUAUUUACUGAGAAAUCUAAGCAUAAUUUUUUAUUGGCAAGCAAUUCAAAUCACGACUGGGUUGGAAACAGUGGUAAGUUCAAAGAAAAAAAAAAACAACAACAGAUAUCCUGUCUGUUCCUGUCCUUUAUCUUAAUGAUGCCCAUGGACGAAAAGCCAGUUUCGCAUCGCUAAGUUGAAGGAAAUGAGAGAAGAACUUCAGCAAGUUCAGCAUUUCUGCUUUGACAUGACUCCAUAAACGUGCUGGUGAUGUCAUGGUGGUGGAUCGUCAUAUCCGCUACAUUAUUUCCAUAAAAUACCCCGUCAUUCAUGGUUAGACUCUAUUUUAGAGCACAUUUUUUUUGGACACCAAAGGAGCCGAAAAGGACCACACAUUAGUGCUUCCCCCUUCGGUCACGUGGAUUCAGUCCCCUUGUCCAACUAGUUUUGUGUGUGUUAUGUGGCAUCCCCUCUUUUUUCGAUGGAAACUUUUUGAGGUUUCCAAUUUAGGCAGGAUUUUGUAAAGCCAAAAAAUGUUUCGUUAAAUUGAUUCAGUCUUGACUUGUGGGUUUUUUUCAUUGAUAAGUUUCACAUUUCUACCAGUUUCUUGACUAAUGUUGUGCAGACCGGCUGCCUUUCGCUGUUAUAUUUGCGAAAUAAUAAUAAUUACAAUCUUGUACCAGAAAGAAGUUAAUAAAAAAGUUUCGAGGGAGGGAGACCACUCUAAAUAAUUGGUUGCUAUUUAUCAACAAAUGCACGUAUGGGCUUUUAAAAAUGUUUCUCAGAUUCUCAGGUCUGGUUGACUAUUAUUAUACUUAAUUAGAAGUUUAAAUCGAGUGACUUUGCUCUUUAUAAUAAUCUUUAAGUUUCCUGACAUUUUUUACUGUAUAAUUCCCUAUGCGGUCAUCCGCAACCGGAGGGGGAAAAUUAAUAAUGUUGUCACAUGGACAUCUCACAUCAUGCCAUGGGGAAAAGAAAAGAUUGUUAUUAUCUGCAGACAUCAUUUAAUGAACAACCAGGGCCGGCUCAAGACGGGUACGAUGCGUGAUCAUCACACAGGCGCAAAAUUUGAAAUUCUGAACUUCCACAAUUUUCAAGAGGGUGACCAUUGUCUAUGUUCACCAAAACUAAAAAUGUCUAGUAAAGUCAUUUCCCACAGAAACCUAUUCAAGGGUGAUGUACUAAUUAAAUGCUGCAAGGUGUGGAAAAUGGAUAUUUUCUCUAACCGUUUAUUGUUUUAUUAAUCUAUAUUUUCUCUUUCAAUGUCUAUUAAUAGAUAUUGUCUUUUUAGUUGAAUAUUAUUUUAUGAAAUUAGUAAUUAAUUAGGGUUGCACCGAAAAGCAACAUCAGUCUUUACUUAACAAUUAUAAAAACUGACUGAAAAGGCAGAAUAUCGAUUAUUUGCUAAUAAUUCAUAGACAUGAAGCAUGAAAUCACUCAACCCUAGCAUCAAAUUAUGCCAAUUUAUGCAUGUGUCAUGAAAUGGAUAAUACUAGUCAAAUCAACACAACCCCUUUAUUGGCUUUAUUCCAAAAAAGUUCAGCAAUCUGAUCUUUGAUAAGUUCACCUCCUAGAUGAGCUACAUCCAUUUUAGCUGUAGAUCUAAGUAAGCCUAUUAUUAUUGUCAAUCACAUUCUAAGAACAUCUCAUCUUUGCAGGUCAAGUAUCAAGCGAUCACACUAUGAUGCUAAUUUACCUGUAAAGAUAUUGAUCCAUGGAUUCUUACAAUAUGGCGCAAUGGAUUAUCUCCUCAAUAUGACCAGAGCUCUGCUAAAUUAUGUAAUAUUUUAAUAUAUUUUAAAUAUUUUAAACUCCACUACCUCAUGUAAUAUCACAUUACUCAAAUAUUUAGAUCUCCACUACCUCAUGUAAUAUCACAUUACUCUAAUAUUUUAAUCCCCACUACCUCAUGUAAUAUCACAUUACUCAAAUAUUUUAAUCUCCUCUACCUCAUGUAAUAGCAUCAUAUUACUCAAAUAUUUAAAUCUCCACUACAUCAUGUAAUAUCACAUUACUCAAAUAUUUUAAUAUCCACUACCUCAUGUAACAUCACAUUACUCAAAUAUUUUAAUCUCCACUACCUCAUGUAAUAGCAUCAUAUUACUCAACUAUUUUAUUCUCCACUAGCUCAUGUAAAAUCAUCACAUUACUCAUCUUGGUAUUCUGUGCCAGCUCUUGCAAUGUCAUCAAAAACCUUGUGAUAUUUAUUUUAAACAAAGUAAAAAGUUGGCUAGGCCAUGUCGGAACAUGCCAAAAAUUUUGUUUGAAUGGUGUAAAGGUGUGAAGUUCAGUUCUUGUAGUUAGUUCUUUUGGAUCUGACUCUAGUUAAGAUUAUACUGUAUUAAAAUAUAAAAACUCUUUAAUUGAAAGCUUCAAAUCAGACAAAACUAACCACAUAUAUGGCAAGCAAACAAAAAUGUUUUCAAUUUUAAUAAAGACUUCAGCUUCAUGAGAAAUUGAUUGCUGAUAUAAUCUUGAUUCCCAUUGAUAUCAUUGUUGAUAUGUUUUUGAUUCUCAUUAACUGUUAACUUCAUUGUUGAGUACUUAAGAUUCCUAUGAUUAUCAUUGUUGAUUACGCCAGAGUCCCAUGAAUGUCAUCAUUGUCGAUUGGAGUAGUGGUGCUGGGUUUCCAUACUCAAGAGCUGUUGCCAACACCAGAAUUGUGGGAGCUGAGACGACUCGUUUCUUGAAAACUUUGAGGCAAGUCUUGGGGAUGACAACUCAACAAGUUCAUCUGAUUGGCCACAGCCUGGGGGCACAUGCUGCUGGUUACGUUGGGGCCAGUCUGCAGGGUGUCAGCAGGAUUACAGGUUAACUCAAUUAUUUUUAAAACAUUCAGCAAUAUUUGUUUAGUUCAUUUAUAUAAUUUACCCCAGAACUCAGAUUCAUGAUAAUCAUUAUAAAGAAAACAACUUUGAUUGGCCACAAGAUACCACAAAGGUGGUCAUUUUAUAGUAAAACACCAUCAACUAAAGAUGCAUCAUCAUGCAUUGGUUAAGUAGGAAGAUGUUUUCCCAUAAAGCAAGCCAGUGUAAGUCAGGCAUGAAAUGGGAGAAAAAAAAGACCUUUGAGAGAAAAUUAAUUCAAUUUUGCUGUGAUCAAUAAAUCAUUUAUAUCCCAUGAAUUUAUGCUAAUGCGGGUUUGACUUAGUUAUGCAUCGUCUUGUAAUACAACUUGCUUUUAUUUUUAGGAAUUGACUAACUUGGCAGGAGUUUCCUUACAGGUCUUGACCCCGCCCAGCCCAGUUAUUCAGGCUACGACAAGGCAGUGAGACUGGAUGGCUCAGAUGCCAGGUUUGUGGACAUUAUUCAUACAGAUGCUUCACCUUUCAAUACUGUCAGAGGUAAGCAGUAGCAAGUUUUGUCAUCUGAGAUGUUUUAGGUUUGUUUUGGAUUCUCCAACACUUUUUUUUGGAUCCUUAGGAUUAAAAUUUCUUCUUUCUUCAUUCAGAUCUCAUGUGUUGUCUGAUUCUUGAAGAAGUAGCCAAUGAUUGCCAUUUCUGUCUAUCUUGUCGCCCUCUUCUUUCUCUUUUGUUCGACACCAGGUUCUUUUGGGUGUUUGGUGGGUUCCUUCAACCCAGGUUGUCCAUAUUAGAAAUGCCCCAGGAAGUCAGCUCUGUGUCAUCUUACAUACAUGGCCAACCAAUCUCCUGUGCUGUUCCUGUAUGGUUCAUGCAAUGAACAGUGGUGUAGUCUUUAACUGUGCUGAGGAUAUACUGUUCUUAUCUUAGUUCUAAACUCCACAGAUGGUAUCAAAAUUAAUGCCAAAUUUUUGUCCACCAAAAGAACAGAAGGUAUUCCGCAGAAAACAUACCCUCCUCAAACUCCAGGCUACACCAGGAGCUGAGUCCUUCACCAGAGAUUGUCUUUGGCCACAAGGUGCUAUCUAUUUUUCUAAUGCAUUUGGUCUGGAAGACUUCAGCCCUCUUUCUAAUGCACUAGUAAUCUUUCACACUCUGAUCCAUUAGAUUUUCCACUCAAGACAUUACUUUAAAAUGUAUGGCCAUGGUAUGGAUUGUUCAGGCCUCAAACGCAUUUUGCACCAAUGGAUCUUAAGUUGUAUAAAACCCCAUCCCUUUCUAUUACAUAUGAAAAAUGUUACAUCUACUGGUUUAAAAAUAAAAUAUUUUUUUUCCAAUACUAAAAACGAGAAAGAAUAUACAUUUUUCACAAAAAAAAUUGUCUCUUAUAAAUUUACUGUACUUUGUACAUUAUUAUUUGAUUCUAUCCACGAGUCAAUUAUUCAUUAUUUGUUGUGUCAUUUCCAGGCUAUGGCAUGAUGGAACCUGUUGGGCAUGUUGACUUUUAUCCCAAUGGAGGUUACGAUCAACCUGGCUGCUAUAAAGACAACUCCAUGUUGGACUUUGUUGGCGAUGUUUUGAGUAAUGGGAUAACAAGUCAGUAAUGUAUCGUAACCAUCAGCUUGUAUUGUUUUAAACUAUCACCUGUAGCAAGUCAGAGAUUCAUAGCACCUGUCAUAAAUUCAAACUCUGGACAAAGAAGAACUUGACUAUGAACGUAACCGCGGUUUUAAAAAGAAAAGAAAAAUUCCUGCAACUCUGUACCUUCUUUUCUUUUGCGACACUUUAAUUUCUUUUUGACUCUGACUCUAUGAGCCCCCAAUGGGACUCACAAUCCCUUUUUGCCCACCCUUCUACAAUUCUAAAUCAACUGUGAGAAAAUUAUAUUAAACAUAAGAUUAAAUUGCAAAAUAGAUGUUUGGAGAGCCCCCACUCCCUCAUUUAUAGUGGUAAAUGACAUGCAAAUGCAUACAAAUACUCACAGCACAUAUCACAUUGUCAUAAACUACCCACACAGACAUUUACAUCAUUGGUUCAUAAAGCUAUUUAAUGAUUCUUGAUUGUAGUGAUGUAAUAUGUUUAAUUUUUUUUUAACUGCUAGGAGCUGAAGUACACUUAAGCUGCAGCCAUGAAAGAUCUGCAGAACUUUUCAUAGCAUCAAUCCUCAGCACUUCUAACAGCUCACACCAGUGUUCCUUCAUGGCAUUCCCCUGCCAGUCUGCCGAGAGCUUCUGGGGAGGAGAGUGUGUUGGAUGUGGUAACUGGCCAUGUCUCGUCAUGGGAUUUGAAGCUGACACAAUUUUUAGACCAAGUGGGGUAUUUUUCCUCAACACAACAGGGACAGCACCUUUUUGUGGUAAGUUGAACUUUUAAAGUAGCGGCAUGAACAUUCUUAUGUAACACAAACAUAUGACAUUUUUGACCCACCCCCUACACCUUAUGUUACAUUUUAUUUAUGUCAAGGGUAUGAGAAUCAUUGUUGUUAAGAUGAACGCUUUUUGGUAAGUGAAUCAUGACAUGAGUUGUAUUAUUGUGGCUAACUGCUCAUUGGAUAACAGAAAAAGCAAAAUAAAGUGUGUGAAUAUAAUGUAAGAGAUUGAGAGUUCAUAAAAAGUUGGUCAGUGAUAGUUUGGUCCUUGCUUGGUAAUAGAUCCUGUUUAUGAGGCCAUAUUUCAACCACAUGGAUCUAUGUGGCAGAUACCAAGUAUAAAGAUGAACCAUAUUAUUUCAUGAAGAGUUGUUGUGUUGUGUAUUCCAGGUGCACAACUCUUAAUGCAUAGUUUGACAGUUUUAUAGUGUACCAUAGAUAAAAUUGCCAGAAAUACUCCAAGGAUCUCGGCUAGAGAAACCAGACUAUUUUGACAAUGUCCAUUGACCACCCCCUGAUAUUAUAUAAAUUUCUACCACCCCCCCACCCCCCCAACACACACACACCGUUUAAACAGUAUAAAGUCCAAAUACAAGCUGAAACAAACAAAGCUCAAUUAAAAAGCCACAAAUUAUUUUUUUUAUAAAAAUGUGCAAAUUAUUGUAAGCCUUUUGGCUUACAUUUUAUUUUUUAAUAAUCUAAGUUGGUUUUGUACAUGUGAAAAGCAGAAGUUUUGCAAUAAUAAGAAUUAAUAAUAAUAAUAAAAAAAGAAUUGUUAUAAAACAUUGCUCUCGACCAGCCCCACGCCGUAUAGCACGAUAUAACAAAAUGAUAAACCACCCAUACCUCCUUGUGCAAAGUCCUUUAUGAGUUUUUCAUUUUUUAUAAAAUUAUCUCCUUUUUUUUUAUAAAAAUCGUUAUUAUUUUAACAUCUUAAAAAAAACUCACACAAUGCAAUAAAUUUAAAGUGAUUGUACAAAAAUGAAAGAUAUUUUAAAAUUUUCUUCUUCUGUCCAGCUCAUCAUUAUGUGAUAACUUUGACAUUGUCUUCAAACAUGAACUCCAUUGAUGGUUGUUUGAGUGUUCGGUUGAGAGGAGCCCAUGGUGGCAUUGGAUGGACAGAAAUAAUGGAGUAAGUAUUGCUAUGUUCAUAAAGAAGGUUGUGCACAGCUUCACAACAAAAGGUUGAUGGAGGCCAGAGUAUUAUUCCCCUGUCCAGAUUAAUCAGCCAGAGUAAACCCCAAAAGUUAAACUGGCCCGGGUCAUGAAGUUUAGCAUCAUAAUGUGUUGAGAUAUUGUCACAGAUACAAUUAAGUUUAGCAUCAUAAUCUGUUGAGACUUGUCACAGAUACAAUGUAGAAAGAUAGAAUGAAAGAGAAAGAGAAAGACGGAAAGAGAGAAGAAUAUUAAAUUAAAAUAACCCAAGCCAGACCAUAUCCCUACGGGCCAGAUUAUACCCCACCAGGCCAGAUUAUACCCCAUCUUAUAUCAGUAGUGUACAGAGAUAAACAUGAAUUUCUUAAUAUAUCAACAUUUUAUUGGGAGUUCACUUUGUCAGGUAAGUUAAGUGAGAAACCCGACUGACUUAAAUCUUUAAAGUCUAAGGCCAGACUAUAGCUCUCUUGGCCAGACUGUACCUCUCCUGGUCAGACUGUACCUCUCCUGGUCAGACUGUACCUCUCCUUGCCAGACUGUACCUCUCCUGGUCAGACUAUACCUCUCCUGACCAGUAGUAGAGAGGGCAGCAAAUGAAUUGCGAGGUACAAACAUCCCGGAGCACUUAUCCUUUUUUUUCUACUCGAUUCACUUUUUCUUUCAUUACUUUUAAAAGGGUGGGACAAGACGAGAAGUGGAGGCAACGUUGUUGGGUUUCGCCAAUGUUGUUUAAGGCAUUUUAUCAUAUUUCAUGGUUUAAAGAAAAUUUUUUUACCCCAUAAAAUAUUUCCCCAAACCAUCCUGCGAAAAUUUUGACAACCGUGGAAGACCAAAUAUAUUACCAAAAGUAUAACCAACUGUGUGACCAACUUUUAUGAUUCUACUCUGCACAACAACUUAAGUACACACACACACAACCCGCCCCCACCCCCAAGUUGAUAUACGAUCUACCUCCGGAGAAAAGAUUAAAUGCCAAGGUCAAUUUCAGACAUACAGCUAAGCCAUGUCGAGCAGAAAGUAGGAUUUACCAUGAUGAAGAGGCUUCUCCACCACCCCAGCCCCCUGAUAAUUAUCUCAGUGACUCUGCCAACAAACAAAAUAAACUCAAAAGCCCAAGUGAAGAAACAGACAGUGAUGACAAAGGCAUCUCCCAGAAACACAAGCAGACUUAGAAUUUUAGCCCAGUACGGAUUCCAAGAAGGAAGUAUCUCAUCAUCAUUCUUGACUUCACUGUUGAUAAGACUGUGUACUCAUGGAUGCACAAGGAACUUUGGACAACCAUGGGGUAGGCUACAUAUAAAACCAAAGGUUGAUGGGAAUUGCUACUUCCGGGCCAUCAGUUACAUCCUGGCAGGAUCAGAGGACAACCAGAAUCUGACAUGAUCAUGGGACAACCACAAUCUGACAUGAUCAUAGGACAACCACAAUCUGACAUGAUCAUAGGACAACCGCAAUCUGACAUGAUCAUAGGACAACUACGGUCUGACAUGAUCAUACGACAACCACGAUCUGACAUGACCAUAGGACAACCACGAUCUGACAUGAUCAUGGGACAACCAUGAUCUGACAUGACCAUAGGACAACUACAAUCUGAUAUGACCAUAGGACAACCACGAUCUGACAUGACCAUAGUACAACCACAAUCUUACAUGAUCAUGGGACAACCACCAUCUGACAUGACCAUAGGACAACCACGAUCUGACAAUCAUAGGACAACUACAAUCUGAUAUGAUCAUAGGACAACCACGAUCUGACAUGACCAUAGGACAACCAUGAUCUGACAUGACCAUAGGACAACCAUGAUCUGACAUGACCACAGGACAACCAUGAUCUGACAUGACCAUAUAACAACCACGAUCUGACAUGACCAUAGGACAACCAUGAUCUGACAUGACCAUAGGAAAACUACAAUCUGACAUGACCAUUGGACAACUACAAUCUGAUAUGACCAUAGGACAACCACGAUCUGACAUGACCAUAGGACAACCACGAUUUGACAUGGCCAUAGGACAAUACUACUGAUAUCAGGGUGGGUGGUAUAAUCUGGGAUAUAGUCCGGUCUAGCCCCCCCCCCCCUGCCGUUUAGUCUGGCCUAGGCUAUUUUAAGCCCCGGGUAUUGUUUGGCCUUGACUAACCCAGGCCGAGGAUUAAUCUAGACAGGGUAUAUCCAGGCCUGCUACCACAGUUUACACUGUUAAAAAAAGUUACCUUUGGAAGUUACCUCUGGAAUACCUGUGGAAGUCUUAAUAUAAUAAAUAAUCUCUAUUGUUUUGAUGCAUUGUUUUAGAAUACUACCACAUACAUCACAGGUAUUGAUUAACAAAUGGUCUGCUGGAUGUGAUUUCUUGAACUAUUGGAUUGACUUGUAUCUAAAUUUCAAACUUAUUGUAGAGGCCAGUUGUCUGCUGGUGAAGUGCUCAGAAAGUUAGUUGUAAAUGACCUAGAUAUAGGUGAGAUCAAUCAAGUGGAUGUCAAGUUAACAAGCCAAGCUGACCAGUGGGUUGAACUGUCCCUGGUGGACGUCAACUUUUUGAUGAGGUACCCUAAGUAAGUAUUCUAAAGUUAAACUGGUAGAUCUGAUGAGGUACCCUAAAUUAAGUAUUCUAAAGUUAAACUGGUAGAUCUGAUGAGUUACCCUAAGUAAGUAUUCUAAAGUUAAACUGGUAGAUCUGAUGAGGUGCCCUAAGUAAGUAUUCUAAAGUUAAACUGGUAGAUCUGAUGAGUUACCCUAAGUAAGUAUUCUAAAGUUAAACUGGUAGAUCUGAUGAGGUAUUAUAAAGCACUCUAAAGUUAAACUGGUAGAUUUGAUGAGGUAUCCUAAAUUACUCUCAAGUUAAACUGACAGAUUUGAUGAAGUAUCCUAAAGGGCACUUCUCAGAAUGGCGGGCAGAAAUUAAAGAUAGAAAGUGUCCAGCUACCAGCCUAAUGGCCACCGAUAAUUGGAGACUUAAAUGUAUUCAUUUUUUUUUUUAGUAUCGCAAUCUUCAUCAGCAUCUUCGCUCUUCAUCUUCAGCCUCUUCGCUCUUCAUCAUUUCCUAAAAUAAAAUAAUAUUUUUAAAAAAGAAGAAGAAGAAAGAAAAACGCAGAGAAACAAAAGUUAUCUCUGUCAAAUUGCCUAAAUUGCUGUUUUAUAUGAGACAGUGUUCAGCAAGCCACACUAACCAAAGCAUCCAGUGAAUUGUGUCAUAAGGUUGGUAAAAUGUUUCCUGACAAAACAUUAUUUGAAAUAUUAAUUGAUGCUUGCGGUCUGCCGGCUAUAUGGGCCAUGGUAUUGUUUAUUUUAUAUUAUUACAAGCAAUAAUUAGUCUGUAAACAAGAUUUGAAGUAAAAAAAUUACAUCACCACUUGUAGGCGGCUAUUAGGCUGAUAGCUGGACACUUUCUAGCCAAAAAUAGGCCUGUCAGGCUGGUAGCUGGACACUUUCUAGCCAAAAAUAGGCCUGUCAGGCUGAUAGCUGGACACUUUCUAGCCAAAAAUAGGCCUGUCAGGCUGAUAGCUGGACACUUUCUAGCCAAAAAUAGGCCUGUCAGGCUGGUAGCUGGACACUUUCUAGCCAAAAAUAGGCCUAUUCUAUUUUUAACUUGGGAUCGCCGUUCUGAGGAGUGCCUCCUAAAUAAAGUAUUCUGAAGUUAAACUGAAAGAUUUGAUGAUGUAUCCUACGUACUCCAGACUUCAGGGGCUUGUUCAGUUCACUAUUCAUUAUGCAUCAAAUUGUUGUUGUCCUCAGAAAAUACUUCACACAGAGUAACAUGACAGUCGCCCCAAACACUGUGUUGAUUCUAACUAGUGGAACUUUGGGAAAUCCCCAUAUCUGAUCAAGACUUUACAGUUUUAGGACAUUUCACUUCGUUUGACCCACUGUGUUAACCCAGUGUUUCUGUACUUAUUAGUAAAAAUAUCAAAAUCGAAUAUUUUUGACAUGGUAGACUGCAAUUGACUAGGUAAUUGUUGCCCUUAUAUUCAAUACCAGUCCUUUAUUAUUAGAACUAGACAUAUUAUACAGUAACCAGUCCAGCAAUGUUAGAACUAGAUCUAUUACACAGUAACCAGUCCAGUAAUGUUAGAACUUGACAUAUUACACAGUGACCAGUCCAGUAAUGUUAGAACUAGACAUUACACAGUGACCAGUCCAGUAAUGUUAGAACUAGACAUAUUACAUAGUGACCAGUCCAGUAAUGUUAGAACUAGACAUAUUACACAGUGACCAGUCCAGUAAUUUUAGAACAAGACAUAUUACACAGUGACCAGUCCAGUAGUGACCAGUCCAGUAAUGUUAGAACUAGACAAAUUACAUAGUGACCAGUCCAGUAAUGUUAGAUCUAGACAUAUUAUACAGUGACCAUUCCAGUAAUGUUAACAUUCGACUGACUAAGCAAUGGUUAUCAAAGAAAUGGGCGCUUAUUAUGAUUUACAUAAUAUCUAUGAUUUUAAGUAUAAUAAAGAAUUGUGUGACAGAAUGUAUAGUUGUUCAUUGAGUG